CAUCGCUCCCCCAGCAUCUCGAAUACCAUCUCUGCAUCACUCCCUCCAAAACUGCCUUGGCGUUAGACUCCUUGUCUUUAUUGUCCACUUCCCCUAUACAGAGAGCACCUGUGCACCGCCCGUCCAGAGCUCGAAGCUCUGCUUAGCCGUCAAGAUGGGGUUGGAAGCCACUAUGAUUAUUGUGGAUAAUAGCGAACCGAGUAGGAAUGGUGAUUAUACUGCCACCCGCUGGCAGGCUCAGGUCGAUGCGGUGGCAGUUAUACAUAACACAAAGAUGCGAGCACACCCCCAGUCGGCUGUUGGUCUCAUGAGCAUGGGAGGAAACGGUCCCGAGGUCUUGUCGACUUUCACAACCGACUUUGGCAAAAUCCUAUCUGGGUUGCACCGAACAAAGAUUCACGGCAAACCUCACCUCGCAUCAAGUAUACAGGUCGCUGGAUUGGCCCUGAAACAUCGCUCCGAGAAGUCCCAACGACAACGGAUCAUUGUCUUCUCGUGCGCCCCGGUCACCGAAGAUGAGAAGUCGCUUGUGAAGCUAGCAAAGAGGAUGAAAAAGAACAACGUGUCCAUUGAUGUUAUUGCAUUCGGAGACUUGGAUUCGGAUACAACUAAGAAAUUGGAAGCGUUCAUAGAGAAUGUAAAGGGAGGCGAUGGCUCACACUUGGCUAUCAUCCCGCCGGGCCCGAAUCUGCUUAGCGAAGAACUACAGGUCACACCUAUCUUAGGAGGUGAGGCUGGUGAUGCUGUUGCUGGAGGUGCUGGGGAAGGUGAUGGGUUCGGUUUCGAGGAUGCCGCAGAGAACGACCCCGAGCUUGCUUUUGCUCUACGGCUAUCACUGGAGGAAGAGAAGAACAGACAAGAGAAGGAGAGGCGGGAGCGUGAAGAACAAGAAGGGAAAGCCUCGCUGGAGAACAUUCCAGAGGAAGCCAAAGAGGGUGGCGAGCCAUCCAAGGAUAAGGACCAAGAUGGGGACAAGAUGGACACGGCGUAGUGGAACUCCAGUUUCUAGAUUAUAACCUACGUUGGGUUCUUUCUAAUGCAUCACGAGUCUGCCUCGGAGAGCAGAUUUCAAGUGUAACUCUAUCUAUCUUCUUACGAACAUGAACAGGAGUCAU